AUCGCGCCAACUGCUGAAAUUUUUAGAUUUAAUUUUUUGUGAUAGUUAUAAUUUAGAUAAGAUUUUAUUUGUGUAAUUGUUAAAGUUUUCUACUAAAGUUUGAAAUAAACCAUAAUAUUCUAACGCUAUUCAUAGCAGUGAUCGUGAGAAAUAUUGGACUCUACAACUCUCAUCUCAAUCAAAAUAAAUUCAACAAUACGCAACGACUUUUUGAUUUUGGUUAACUUUAAGUGUUAAAACAGCUAAAACAAAAUAUAACAAUUUUUAAAAGCUAAGUUCAAUAUGGAGGAAGGUGAUUUCGAUCAACGUUUGAGAGAUUUACAAAGGGAGUACCUCGAAUUUCUUGACGAUGGUGAAGAUCAAGGAAUUUAUAUGGAAAAAGUGAAACAGAUGAUAGAAGAUAAAUCAAAGCGCCUCUUAGUCAGCAUCAAUGACUUAAGGCGUAAAAGCCCUGAACGUGCCAAGAAUUUACUAGAGAAUGCCUUUGAAGAACAGAUAGCGUUCCAAAAGGCUUUAAAAGAAUAUGUGUCUUCAAUAGACCCUACAUAUGCUAAAAUUCAAGAGGAGUUUUUUGUGGCAUUCUCAGGAAGUUUUGGUAACAAGCAUGUUACACCCCGAAGUUUGACAUCUAGGUACCUCGGAAAUCUAAUCUGCGUGGAAGGCAUAGUGACUAGAGUAUCAUUGGUUCGUCCCAAGGUGGUCAGAAGUGUACAUUAUUGUCCAGUUACCAAAAAAGUGAUGGAAAGGAAAUAUACUGAUCUAACUUCAUUUGAAGCAUUUCCCACCUCUGCUGUAUACCCUACUAAGGAUGAUGAAGGCAAUCCUCUAGAAACCGAGUAUGGACUUUCACGGUACAAAGAUCAUCAGACCCUUACCGUUCAAGAGAUGCCUGAACGGGCACCAGCUGGGCAACUGCCAAGAAGUGUAGAUAUUAUAUGUGAUGAUGAUCUAGUAGACAAAUGUAAACCAGGAGACAGGGUGCAGAUUGUAGGGAACUAUAGAUGCCUGCCCAAUAAGCAGGGAAGCUUUACUGCUGGAACAUUCAGAGACAUCAACGUUCUGCUAAUCGGCGACCCAUCAGUGGCGAAGUCCCAGCUGCUCCGCUACGUGGUGCAGACCGCGCCGCGCGCCAUCACCACCACCGGCCGCGGCUCGUCGGGCGUCGGGCUCACGGCUGCCGUCACCACGGACCCGGAGACAGGCGACCGGAGGCUGGAAGCGGGCGCGAUGGUGCUGGCGGACCGCGGCGUGGUGUGCAUCGACGAGUUCGACAAGAUGUCGGACAUCGACCGCACCGCCAUCCACGAGGUCAUGGAGCAGGGCCGCGUCACCAUCGCCAAGGCCGGCGUGCACGCCUCGCUCAACGCGCGCUGCUCCGUGCUGGCCGCCGCCAACCCCGUGCUCGGCAGGUAUGACCAGUACAAAACGCCCAUGGAGAACAUCGGCCUGCAAGACUCUUUGUUGUCGCGUUUCGACUUGUUAUUUGUGAUGCUGGACAUCGCCGACGCUGACCAAGAUAAUAUGAUCUCUGAACACGUUCUUAGGAUGCACAGAUACAGAAAUCCAAAGGAACAAGACGGAGAAGUAUUACCGAUGGGAUCACUAGUCGAAAUGCUUUCCACCGAGAACCCUGACAAUGAUGAAGUUGAUGAUACAGCUGAAUCCAUUUACGAGAAAUACGAUCCUCUGCUCCACGGCAACACUCGCAGCAAGAAAGAUCAGAUCUUUAGCACCAAGUUCAUGCGAAAGUACAUAGACUUGGCUCGACUCAUGAAGCCGAAACUGAGUCAGGAGGCGUGUGACGUCAUCGCCGAUGAGUACGCUCGGCUGAGGAACCAGGACAUGAUGGAUAGCGACAUGGCAAGAACGCAACCGGUGACCGCCCGCACGCUGGAGACGCUCAUCCGGCUGUCAACGGCGCACGCCAAGUGCCGCCUCAGCUUCCAAGUCACGCACGACGACGCGUUGGCUGCCAUACAGCUAGUACAGUUUGCUUACUUUAAGAAGGUGUUAACAAAGGAGAAAGGUCGCAAGCGCCGGGCUUCCACUGAGAACGAAGACGCAGCCUCCGACACCGAGCCUGCCCAACCGCGACCCAAGCGCACUAGGAAAACUCAAGAAGGUCAAGAUCCGUACGAGUUUUCGUCGGAUGAGGAAAUGGAGCCGGUGUUAAGGGCAGCGAGGUCUUCUCAACCAGAGCCGGAGCCGCACACAUCCAGUUCCAAGAAGACUAUUCUACCUGCCAGGCUAGCCCAGUUCAAGUCAGCCCUACACGAGCUGUUCAAGUCGGAGCGCGCUAACUCGCUUCCCCUCAGUCGCAUUACGAAACAUCUCGACGAGAAAUACUCCCACGAGAUCUUCGACUCGGCCGAGGUCCAAGCGGCAUUGGAUUCCAUGACCAGUGACAACCAAGUUAUGAUGGCCGAUGACAUGGUUUUCUUAAUAUAGAAGGAAGUACAUGCUAAAUUACAACACCUCUUACUGUGUUGAUGAUCAUUGAUGAUCAUUUCCAGUGCUUGAAUCUGAAUCAUGUUAAAUGAUAUUGUUAAGACAUAAAGAUGCCUUGCUCAGUGCCUUGAUUAUAUUUGAAUCUACCAAUAAUCACAUGUUCAAACUAUGUUUAAGUUCAAUUAAAUGAUUUGA